ACCGCCCUAUAGCAGUCCACCGCUGUUAAGCACAGUACGAUUUGCCACUCUUCUUUUUGCCCUAAUACAUAUUCCAUAUAUCUAUCCCUGUUCGCAUCACGACUCGCGAGCUCCCGGUCCCAAACCCUAGGCCUAGGGGGCGACCUGACCCGAUGUCAGCGUCUUACGGAUCCGAAGACUACCGCGGCGGCGGCGGUGGCGGAGGCUACGGUGGCCGAGGUGGCGGCGGCGGUCGUGGGCGCGGAGGCGGGGGAGGAUAUGGAGGUGGCGGCGGUGGAGGAGGAUAUGGAGGUGGCGGUAGUGGAGGCUACGGCGGCGGCGGGGGUGGAGGUGGCCGAGGCAGUGGCGGCGGAGGGUUCGGUGGUGGAGGACGAGGAGGUGGUGGAGGUGGCCGAGGCGGUGGCGGGCGCGGGGGUGGACGCGAAGGAGACUGGGUUUGCCCUGACGCGAGUUGUGGCAAUGUGAACUUUGCGAGGAGGGCUGAAUGCAAUAAGUGUGGAGCACCUUGCCCAAGUGGAGGUGGUGGCGGCGGGGGUGGGGGUUAUAAUAGAUCUGGUGGAGGUGGUGGAGGAUACAACCGUGGCAGUGGUGAUUAUGGUUCUGGAGGUGGUGGUUUCGACCGAGAUGGUGGAGACUAUAAUUCUGGUGGGCGUGGUGGUGGAAGCGGGGGUGGAGGAGGCUACAAUCGAAGUGGUGGCAGUGACCGUGGUUUUGAUGACCACCGUGGUGGCAGAGGUGGCAGCUAUGGGGGACGAGAUCAGGAGAACCAAAGGGGUAGUGAAGGUGGCUACAGUGCUGGUGGCUAUGGGCAAGCUCCUCCACAAGCUCCUCCUUCGUAUGGUGGUCCUGCGGGUGAUUAUGCAGCACCUCCGAGCUCCUAUGGAGGCAACAAUGCUUAUGGUUCAGAUUCUGCAGUGCCGCCUCCUAAUAGCUACAGUGGUGGCCCAGGCUCAUACCCACCAAGCUAUGGUGCCCCGCCUCCACACCAAUAUGGUGGUGCCCCAGGGGGGCAAGGGGGUCUGCCUCCUACAUAUGAUGGUGGAUAUGGUGGUCGGUCCAUGCCUGGGGGUGGAGGAUCUGGGGGUGCACCACCGCCUUAUCAUGGUGGCGGCAGCGGUUAUACUGGUAGUGCUGACCCUGAACCAGCUGGAAAAGUUAAGCAGUGCGAUGAAAAUUGUGACGAGACAUGUGACAACGCAAGGAUUUACAUCUCAAAUUUGCCUCCUGAUGUCACUGUUGAGGAAUUACAAGAGCUAUUUGGAGGAAUCGGCCAGGUCGGAAGGAUCAAGCAAAAGCGUGGUUACAAAGAUCAGUGGCCUUGGAACAUAAAAAUCUAUGCUGAUGACUCUGGAAAAGCCAAAGGAGAUGCUUGCCUUGCUUAUGAAGAUCCUUCUGCUGCUCAUUCAGCUGGUGGAUUUUACAAUAAUUAUGACAUGAGAGGUUAUAAAAUCAGUGUUGUGAUGGCUGAGAAAUCAGCACCCAGAGCGGCACCCUCAUAUGGGCAUGGCGGUGGUCGUGGUGGUGGCCGCGGUGGUGGUGGACGCAGGGAUAAUUACAGAGAUGGCGGGGGGCAUGGACCCAAUAGAAACCAGGGUGGUGGUUCACGUUCACGACCAUACUGAAAACAAAACAAUUGUUGUUACUGUGAUUGUCAUCUAUGAGAAACCAUUUCUAUUCCUGUUAUACAGAUUUGUACUCAUACAGGCUCAUAAGGUAGGUUGUCAGCUUUCCUUAUUGAACUUAUGUUAAAUUGUCAUACACCAGUCUUGGUCGGACUUAUGUUUGUCCACAAGUGAUUGAUCUAUGUUGUAUGAAUUUUUGCAUAGAGGCAGAUGGAUAUAAGCUCCAAAUGCUGGUAGGUUUGUGAUGUUAUUUCAGCCGGUGGAUCACUCAUGUAAGCUUUGGAUUUUGCUGCGAAGAACAGGUAGGGAGGUUUUGUUCUGUGUUAGGUUUAUUAGAUUUCGUGUACAUUAGACGACAUAUCAACCACCAAUCAUAGAACGUUCCAUAUCCGUUUCUGCUUCUGGGCACUCAGCUUAUUUUGGUGAAAGAGCCAAUUUUUUUAUCAAGGUUGCAGCCCCAUCACUUGUGCCCUAACUCAUCGUCCCCAGCAACACGAUAUGACGUGUGUUGAAGUGGUGAUCUAUAAGUAGAAAAGGAGCUGAAUUGAGUGAAUUGUUGCUUCAUCUGCCCCCGUGAUGCCUCUCGAAUUGGGACUGGGAGCUCGUGACUUACAGCACUUGCCACGAAUGGGAAACCCUCUGCUCCAAAGGAAGCAGUUCAAGCAUAUCGACGUGCUUGCAGGGUCAUCGCUAAAAAUAAUGUCUCGACCACAUGCUAAGAUUGGAGGUUGUUGUCCGAUUAUAUAUGUUACAAAAUAUUACAUAUGUGAUCAAUCCAAGGGGUGUAACAGUUUUCUCAAAGGGACACACUCCUUGGGAUACGCUCCUUCACUUGUAUAUAAGUGUAAUGAUCUCUGGAAUACAAUCAGUGGCUGUCACAUUCUCUC